AUGGAGUGCCAUAGUAUUUUCUCUCCUUCUACUUCGAGAAAUGCAAAUUUACGCAAAAGAAGGCAAAGACCGUACAGCAGUGUGCCUAACGAAAUCACUGAAGAAGUUACUGAGGCUACGCCCGGAAUGCAGAUUCCUGUGGGUGUGGAUGCAAAUCGGCACACAGCGAUCCAGUAUCACAGAGAGGAAGUACCACAUGCUUAUAUCUCGGAAGUGGCUAGAAGAUAUGCUGAGAAGAUUCGCAAAUCGUGCUGCUCAAACGUGGCGGCGUUCACGAACAUCCACCAAUGGAAGGCACGUGUUGUGCCUUCUACCCUGACCCAGUUGGCCACUUCAGAAGGAACGUACUCUUCAAUCGGAUUUGAGAAUGAAUCUACUUCUCUCCCGCUGAUAAAACAGAGAUUACGUCGUCUCAUUGGUGAAUGCGAUAUUGAAAGAAUAACUUGCUGUGUUCCCAUGUGUGGCCGCGUAUUCAACUCCGUACAGGUUCUGGCAUGGCAUAUGUCCUACUCUCACCACGAUCUGGGUCUCAAGUCUACCUAUGGCAAUCUUUGUUUCGUCUGUGGUAUUCGCAUGGAUAGUGCUAAGGUUAGGGACUCUUCAUUGGGCUCA